ACACAUAAAGAUAUAUUAUAUAAAAUACGGGGUUAUACGAGAAAAACCAACAAAAAAUAUUUUGUUUGAGAAGCACAUGGAGACAUACAUACAUACACGUGUAUUAUAUACACGUAUGUGUAUUGUGUCUUUUGUGCUUGCGGUACUUUUGCUUCGACCUGAGAAGAACCCUUCCCACUCAAAACCCUACCCCUACCGGUCCCUGUGGCUUCGCUUCCCGUCGUCGGAGGAGCACCCUUUGAGCCAUGGAUAGGUACCAUAAGGUGGAGAAGCCGCGGCAGGAAUCGGCCAUCAACGAGAACGAGAUCCGAAUCACCAGCCAGGGCAUCAUCCGCAACUAUGUGAGCUACGCGACCAGCCUCCUUCUGGUUGGGAAUUCGAUGGAUGUUUUAACCAUGUAACAACUGGUGUUGGAAGUAUAGUAUACAAUUCAUCUUCUCAAUAUAUGGAUGGAAGUACGAGUACACAGCUGAUAAUGAAGCUGUUGCCAUUGGAGAAAUCCUUCUUGACAUGAUUCUAUUAGGUUGAUCAAUCAUUUUGAGCAGGUGGAUGGGUGAUGAUGGGGGUGUUGUGGCUUCCCUUUUCAUUUUUGGACACGUGGUCUCUCGAAGGAAGUUUCGGGGCUCAAGAUGGAAGAGGAUCAGUUUGGUUUGAACAGGAAAAACAUGUUGGAGAGAUUGUCUUAAAGGCAAUGGGACAGGCAAUCAGCAAAGCAGUGGCAAUCGCCGAGAUUGUAAAGAAAAGGAUUCCUGGGUUAUAUCAAGAUACUGCAAUCAGUUCGGUCAGUAUUACUGAUGUGUGGGAACCUAUUGAAGAGGGUCUUGUACCUUUGGAGACGACACGUCAUGUUUCAAUGAUUUCAAUAUCUUUGUCAGCCAGAGAGCUAAACAAGAACUCCCCUGGGUACCAAGUACCUCUAGAGCAGCCAAAGCAUCAGCAAAGAUAUCAACAACCACAACAAUUUCAAUGGCAACAGCAGAUUCAACCAAAGCAACCACAAACUCAACUUAAUGAAGAUUUUUAUGCACGAGGACGUGGUAGAGGUAGAGGAAGAGGAAGAGGAAGAGGGAGGGGUUGGGGAAGAAGAUAUGGUGGCUAUGGUGGAUAUGACAAUAACCAGGGUGGAUAUGGCAACAAUCAAGGAGGAUAUGGUGGCUAUGGAAGAUAUGACAAUAACGGUGGAUAUGGCAACUAUCAAGGUGGAUAUAGCCAUGAUCGGGAUAAUGGUGGAUGGAACUCCAACUGGGGUCGAGGUGGUGGACGUGGUAGAGGUGGUUGGAAUUAUCGUGGUGGAGCAUAUGGAGGAGGUAGAGGAGAUGGUGGAAGAGCUGCUGGGAGAGGUUAUGGUGGUGGUCGAGGAAGGAUGGUCAACCGUGCGAGAGAAAACCAGGUCUAGUGUCAUGUUGGGCUUGAAGAAUUAUAGAAGGGGUUAUGCAAAGACUUAUUUGGGGCAUUAACUAGAGUAGGUAGUUUUUGCAAGAGCAAGCUCUGAUGGCAAAAAUAGUGGCUGCGUUUUCCUCCCCGUUUCAUGUUUAUGUUGGUUUCUCAUAAUUGUUACAUUCUGCUCCUUUCUCUGCCCGUAUGUCCAUUAAACCAUACCAGUGUAUCCGAAAAUUCUAAUUCUUAUAGCAUGCCUGUAGAGUAUCAGUUUUGCUCUUUC